CCUUUUGUUUAUUUCAUCAACCGAUUGUAAACCAUACAUCUUUCUACCUGUCUGUCUCUCUCUCUCAUCCUGCAUCAAUGGCGACUCACAGAAUCCAUGGCCUAAACCUUUGCGGUGUUCUCUCCGAAACAAAGCGCAUAAUCAGUGCCCACUCUCGCCAUUUCUUAGCACUCGCUGUACUUUUCCUUCUUCCCCUCUCUUUUUCCGCUGUUAUCUACCCAACUCUUCAAACCACUUUUUCUGAACCCAACUCCUCCGUUCUUUCUCACUUUCACCGAUCCGUUUACUUCUUUCUCGAUAAUACGUUUUCAAAUCCGCAAAACCCCCGUCUCUUCCUAUUCCCGCUUGUUUACGCUGUUUUCGUUUUUGUUUUCACGCUAUUAGCUACGGCUUCCGUCACUUACAGUGCUUUCCACGGGUUUUACGGUAGACCCGUUAAAUUGGUUUCAUCGCUGAAAUCAGUUUUAUAUUCGGUGCUACCCCUUUUUGUUACUUUUGUUGUUAUUGAUGUAAUUGUGGGUUUGAUUGUAUUGGGUUUUGGGGCAUUUCUGUGUUUGGUGUAUAAAGGGGUAAAUAUUUUGGGGUUCGAAAUUGAGUAUGAGUCGAAUUACUUUUUGGGUUUCACUGUUUUUGUCAUGGUUCUGCUUGUGUCCCUUUUGAUUUACUUGACGGUGGAGUGGUCAUUGGCCUAUGUGAUUGUGGUGGUGGAAUCUAAAUGGGGGUUUACACCGUUGAAAAGGAGUGCGCGUUUAAUAAAGGGAAUGAGAUUUGUCGCUUUAGCAGUGAUGAUGUUAUUUGGAAUCUUGAUAGGGCUUUUUGGAAUGGCGGCCUCGUCUUUGGUUCUGAAUGCUGGAUCAGUUCAAGGAGGGUGGCUUAGCUGGGCUUUUGUAUUGCAGACAGUGGUGUACUCUGGUUUUAUGACUAUAUUGAUGCUUUACAGUGUUGCUGCACAUACCGUGCUGUAUAUGUACUGUAAGGCCUUGCACGGGGAACUGGCAUUCGAUAUUGCUGAGGAGUUUGCUCGCGAAUACGUCAGCUUGCCUUUCGAUGAUGGGAAGGUUCCUCAUGUUGUUUAUGUUGUACCCCAUUGAUAAUCUUGAGGUUGGUAGCUUAAAUUCUGUCUGAACUCUUAUCGUAUCUUACCCAUGUUUAAUAGUACCUAUGUUCUUGUGUAUGAUUAUAUAGUACAAGAAAUAUGGAGAUCUUAGACUCGUAGAUUCUUCUUGUAAAAGAAAAUGAACCAGUGAUGAUGCCAUGGCUGUUGAAUGUGUAUACUUUAGCUUUAUUGUGCUUUAUUUUAAUGGAAAAUGAAUUACUAUCUUUGUAUCA